AUGCCUACAACAAGAAAAAAAGUAAUAAAAACAGUUUAUAAAGAUGAAAAUGACAGCGAAGAUGGUGACUUCAGCGACUCUGGUUCCGAAGCAGAAAUAUCAGCUGCUCCUAGCUCCGACGAAGAUGAUAAUGAGGAAGCAUAUCCAUCCUCAGAUGACGAUUUUGUCAGAAAUUCUAAAAAACACUCAAAGGAUUUUAAAAAGAAAAAGCCACAAUUUGCCAAAGCUUUUAUCAAUAAAAUAAAUAAACAAAGCAGUGUUGAUAAUGAAGAAGAAGAAAUACCGGUAUCUAACUUUUCUGUUAAGGAUUUAACUGAAGCUGAUAAGUUACUGCCUUCAUUUCUUAAUCUCUCAGAAAGUGACAGCAGUGAUGAUGAAUCUCCAAAAGAACCUGCAACAAAAAAGGAUGUAAAAUCAGGAGCUUUACCAAAUAGUUUUGGAUUGGAUAUAGAUGAUAAUGAAGCUAUUGUUGAAUAUAAAGAUGUGUGGUCCAAUAAUGAAAAAGAUGCAAGUGAGGAAAUUGCAAAGAAGACUUUUUUGGAACUGGAACAGCACAAGGCAAAGAUUGAAGAAGCAAAAAAGUCAGUCUUAAAUUAUUCCUCUUAUAAAAAUGAAGAACAUGAAUCAGAUGUUAAAGACCUCCUUGCACAAGGGGAGGAGGUUGAACCAGAACCAACAACUAUUAAAAAAAGAAAGAAGAAAAAACCACAAGAUCAAAGUGACUCAGAAUUAGAUGACUGGGAAGAAGUAAAAGAAAGUAAAGCAGUUCCUCAACAAGGAUUGCAACUAAUAGUGGGUAUACCAGAUUCUAUAUCUCGAAAAAAGAAAAAGAUAGAUGUAGAAAUGAUGAUGAAGAGAAAAAUGAACAGAGUGAAGAAAGAAUAUCAAGUUUAUAUGCAUAAAGUUCAUGUAUUAUGCUGGCUAGGCCACGGGAACUAUAUAAGCACUGUAUUAAAUGACCAAGAAGUCAUGUCGGCCACAUUAUCAUUGGUGCCUUCAAAACAGUGUUAUCCUGGCGAAAGAGUAGACAUUAAGUAUGUGGAACAGAUAACCACUUGGUACAAAGAUAUCUUUACCUUAAAACAGGACAAGCAUGAAGGUAAAUUUAGACCAAAAGCACCACCCUUAAAAGAUAUCUUACUACAACAAAUUAAAAAAAGAACACUAACAUCAAAAAAAUAUGUGGUUUAUUUAUUUGUUGCUAUGCUUAGAGCAAUUGGAUUACAGUGCAGGAUUAUGUUAAACUUUAUAACUGUGCCUAUUAAACCCCCUGCUUCUGAACUACAUUCUCUGUCAACAAAGAAUAUUCAGGAUAAAAAUCCUGGUACACAAACUAAUACUAAAGACAAAAAGUGUGCAAAAAGAAAUUCCAAAAAGGCAACUAACACAACAAAUAUAUCACAGUUAGAUGGUAAUAAUGAUCAUAUUACAGAUAGCGAUAGUAGUUAUGAAAACAUCAUUCAAUUAGAUGGCAACAAUGAUGUGUCAACUGUUAAAACUAGGUCAACUAAAAGUACUACAAAAGAAAAUAAAAAAAAUCUUAAAAGUUCGCAAGAUGCCACAGACGAAGGUGUAUCCCCGCCAAAAAGAUCUAAGACAUCAAGCAUAAAAUCUGCGAGUGAAGAUACCGAUUCAAAUGCUGCCAAAAAUAAUAUAUCUUUAACCCGACGACAGAGACAACCUAGUGAUGAAAUAUGUAUAAAAGAUGAAAAUGUAAAUGAGGAUAAAAAAGUUACGCCUACGAAAAUAAACUCAAAUAAUCUUAAAAAAAGUAAAAGUGUAAAGAGAAUAUCUAGGCGUGAAGACAACACUAUGAAGCAAGACUCAACAUCUAAUAUAUCAAAAAUUCCACCUAAAAUUGUAGUCACUGCUGAAGAGAAGGAAGAUAUAAUGGCUAGCAAGUUUUUCACAAAUGAACAAGCACCCGUAAACAACAAAAACUUGAGAUUAUCUAGAAAAAGAUCUUUGACAGCUAACUCUGGGGUAUCAAAUGGAAAGAGUACAAAUACUGCAGAAAAUGCUGCACAGUUUAAAACGAGAGCAAAAAGUACACCUUCCACAGAUAGCAAUAAAAGCAAAUAUUUUAAAAGUGAUAUUGAUACUGCUUCGAAAAUUAAAAGGCAAAAAACAAGAGCAAAAGAAGUUCCAAAAGAGGAAGACUCAGAAGAUGAACUGCGAGUAAGUCAUCGAGAUCUUUCAAAGAAAAAAGGCAAGGCCAAGAAUGAUGUUACAGCAGACCUGAUGCAAAUAAUUAAAAAGAGGGUAAAAGAAGCCAAAACAGAAUCAAAGCAAGAAAUUGUCAAAGGAAAAGUUAAUAAAGAAUUUGACAAUGACAGUGAUUAUUUACCUGAAGAGGAUACCAAGCGUCGUAUUUCAGGCAGUGAUGAUGAUUUCAAGCCUGUUAAAGUAAGUCCUAAGCCCAGUACAAGCCGCAAAAUUGACAGGCGCGUGCUAUCACAAGAUGAAGAAGUUCCAACAAACAAGAUUGAUGUUUGGUGUGAAAUAUUUGUUGAGGAACUUGAAGAAUGGAUAGCAGUAGAUGUUAUUAGAAGCAAAGUGCACUGUGUUAAUGAGAUCUAUUCAAAAGCUACUCACCCUGUUACAUAUAUUGUUGGCUGGGACAACAAUAAUUACUUAAAAGAUUUGACUAGAAGGUAUGUUCCUCAUUGGAACACCGUCACCCGUAAACAACGCGUUGAAAUUGAUUGGUGGGAUAAAGCGAUACAACCAUGGCUAGCUCCAAAGACUGCUCGGGACAGGGAAGAGGAUGAGCGUUUAGAUAGGAUGCAGCUAGAAGCACCAUUACCUAAAAGUAUUGCAGAGUAUAAGAACCAUCCACUGUAUGCACUUAAGCGACAUUUGCUGAAGUAUGAAGUGAUUUACCCUCCCGAUGCGGCUACUUUGGGAUUCGUGCGUGGAGAACCAGUUUACGCUAGAGAAUGUGUAUAUAUUUGUAGAUCACGAGACACGUGGUUAAAAGAAGCAAAGGUUGUAAGACUUGGUGAACAACCCUACAAAGUGGUUAAAGCAAGACCAAAAUGGGAUAGGCUUUCUAAUAAGCUAAUUACUGAUAAACCACUAGAAAUUUUCGGUCCGUGGCAAGUGCAGGACUAUGAGCCACCUGUAGCAGAGAAUGGUAUAGUGCCAAGGAAUGCCUAUGGGAAUGUUGAGCUUUUCAAGGAUUGCAUGCUUCCUAAAGGAACUGUUCAUAUAAAGCUGCCUGGAUUAAACAGAGUGGCAAAGAAAUUGAACAUAGACUGUGCCCCUGCCAUGACAGGAUUCGACUUUAAUGGGGGCUGGACACACCCGGUAUUUGAUGGAUUCAUUGUGUGUAAGGAGUUUGAGGAAAUCAUAACUGAAGCCUGGCUUAAGGACCAAGAAGAUCAGGAACGAAAAGAGCGUGAAAAGAUAGAUACUCGAGUAUAUGGUAACUGGAGGAAACUUAUUAAAGGGUUACUUAUACGAGAAAGGCUCAAAGUUAAAUAUGGUUUUGACAACCCAGGCACUUCUCAGGGUAAUAAGAAAAAAGCGAAAGCUCCACGUCUAGUUGUGAAAAAAACUAAGUGA